AGAAUAUAAAGAUCACUUAGGCAGGAAAACUACUGCCGUUCAUUGUGAUGUUCAUGCUCAAGAAGUUUACAAUUAUUUUCGAAGAGAAGCUUCGGAAGCAAGAGAAGAAACUGAAAGAAGAAAAGAAGAAGCCCAGAAAAAAGCCCAAGAACGAGCUAAACAGGAACGAAAAAGACAAGAAAGAGAAAAAAAUAAAACUUGUUGUCGAGUUUGUGGUAAGAAGUUUUGUUCUAAAUAUUGUACCGAACAACACCAACUACCAAAAUGUGAUGAUUGUGGAGAAAAAUGUUUUACUACUUCUUAUUACAAAGAUGCCGCCAAUAAAACCGGAACUUUAUGUGUGGGAUGUCAUACAACUCAUAAAAGUAAAAAAAGUAAUCUUUCUGACCCUAGUACUCCUAUUUUUGAACCGAAACCCAAAAAACCAACCUCUUCCCCACAACAAACUCCGCAAGUAACAAGCGAGGGGGGAAACUCCAAUCAGCCUACUAGCGAUCCAAAAAGUGAUUCUCCUUCUUCUCCCUCCUCGCCAACUGAUAAUUUGAGACCUAAUUCUUCCAAUUCUAGCAACAAUUUUUUUACUCCUGCUCCAUCCAGCGAAGGUUCCGACUUUUAUAGAUGCAGUAUUUGUGAUAAAGAUUUUUCCGCCGAUAAUGACCACAACAAAAAUAGUUCUUGUGCUCAAAAAGCUCAAGAAGCUGAAAAAAUAUUUAAAAAAAUUGAAGCCGGACAAAAAAUUUCUUCUUCGGAAGUGAACAAUUUAGAUUUACCAACCGAUAAAAAAAUUUUUCUCCAAACCGUGCAAAAAAUCUCUCAAGGAGAAAAAGUAAAUAUUGAUAAUUUGAAUUUAUCAGACGAGGCUAAGGAAGAAUUGAGAAGAAUUCGAGAUAAUUAUCAGAAUAAAUAUAGUGAAACAUUAGUAGAUGAGUCUGAGUCUCCAACAGCACCUUUUUAUAUUGGUUUGUUUGUGAUUUUUGUAGUUAUCCUAGCGGUAAUAAUAAUUAGAAAGCGAAAGAAAAGACAGAAAAAAAAGUAG